AUGGCUCCGCUUCGCGCCACGUUUUGCGCUUUCACCAGCUCGCCCACAGAGCUCCUCAAACUGGUCAAGGCUGACUCUCUGAUCUGCUUCGACCCUCCUGAGGAGUACGUGCCUCUCGACCUCGAAGAGUACAGCACCUGGGUCGAGGUCGGUUUUCUCGAGUCCUGGCUCAUCCGUAUCCCGCCACCGCUCUGCGACCAGACCGUCUCUGCCCAUUCCGUUCUGCGCCUGGAGCUGCUUCCUGCUGCGACAUCUUUUGCCCGCGUCGACGGCUCCUGCUCCCAUCCAUUCGAGACCUACAAGCUCACAGCUAGCCAGCUCGCCGAGGCGCUUCAGCAGGUCGCCUGCCACUCCAUCAGAGUCAAAGUCUCCUGGCACCACGCCAGCUCUCUGGCCUUUCUGGAGCUGGCACACCACACCGACAUCAUCUGGGCGUUCGAGGUCGAUGUGGUCACCCGAGGCAUCACGCUCCUGCGCGGUGCCAGCAAUAGCGCGGCGCAAGUGCUCCCGAGCCUCGGCAGCCUCGGCGGCGGUCACGGACUCGUCGACAUCCCGCUCGCGGCACGUCGGGAGGGCGUGUGCCGUGUCCGCAUCACCCAGGCACUCAUUCGGACUUUCGCCGACUGGGAAGGUGGCGCGGAGUCCAUCUGGCUGCAGACCGACAGCCGAGAGCUCGUCAUCGCAGCCCUGCACAAGGCCGCUGGAUGGAUGGAGUGGGUCGAGACGGGGCUGUCCUGCGACCUCUUCGGGGCCUCUGUCGAGCUGUCUGUACGGGCCGCAACCGCCGAACGAGCCGAGCAGGCGCUCUCGGACUCGGGCAUGCUCAACUGGAACCACCUCAUCCAGGGCCGACCAACGGGCGUCCCUCUUGAGGUUCUCACCGUCAGCAGGGCUGCCUACGUCGAGCACCUUGACCACAUCAUCACGGCGGCACAGACCCACCUGGCAGAUGCUCUUCAGCUCCAUAGGGCCGAGGCAACGUGGAUCGCGCUACGAAUCAUCCAAGAGAUGGGACUCGUCGACCACUACGACUUUCCGCCAGGCACUCCCGCUUUCGAAGCCAUGCGGACCUCGUAUUGA